AAUAGAAAGUGACAGUUGCACUAUAAUAGCUUUCGUUUUCUUCGAAGCUGACAACAAAUAACCAUAGACUAAAGCGCACCAACAAUAUAUAUUCUAAGCCGCUGUUUCUUUUCAAGGAUACUGCGCAUACGUGGAUGAAGGUAUCGAUUAUUUAGACAUGAUGUAUCCCUUUUGGAACUACCAACACUAUAAUUCAAAUGAGAACGUGAACACAGACAAUAAAACCAUACUCUAUUAUGGUUUGCACAAUCAAGGGGCAACCUGUUAUUUGAACAGUGUGCUGCAGGUCCUCUUCAUGACUAAAGGCUUCAGAGAGGCUGUGGAAAGCCAAGAGCAGGAUAAUGUUGAACAGAACACGUUUGAUCUUCAGCUGAAAUGUCUAUUUGAGACUUUAAAGAAAAAACAAGCUCACACUAAAGAUGUCACAUCAAAACUGGGCAUUGAAAAGGUGUUCGAGCAAGGUGAUGCUGCUGAAUAUUUUGAGAAGAUUUUAAGCAAGGUCAAUCCGGAUGUGUCUAAGAUAUUUCAAGGACAUUUGAAGCACACUGCCACCUGUUCUAUAUCUGACCGUCAUGUGAACAGUGAGGAAGUUGGUCCAUUUUGGACUAUGCCUCUCUCUAUGGAAGAUAACCACUACAGUGUGAGAGAUGGUUUUGAGGAUUUUUUCAAGUCUUCAACUGUCAGUGGUGACAAUCAGAUGUACUGUGACCACUGCGAUGGGAAAACAGAUGCUAUCCUUGCAUGUAAGAUGGUACAUCCCCCAGAGAUUCUAACUCUGCUCCUCAAGAGGUUUGAGUUUGACUACAACAGGAUGUCAUAUGUCAAAAUUGAGAGCUGUGUGGAGGUGCCUCGAAUGUUACAGACAAAGCUCAGGGAUUUUCAUGUUCAUGGGCGACCUUUUGAUUUACUCAAUGUCUCUGAGCAGGACUGUGACUAUGAACUCUAUGCAGUUGUGGACCAUGUGGGAAGUCUAAGAGGUGGACAUUACACUGCUAGAAUCAAGUCCUAUGAUGAUCACAACUGGUAUGUGUUCGAUGACAGAUACGUCAGACAGCUCAAUUCAAAACUAUUUGAACAAGAUGAGAGUUUUAGGUCCCAGAGUGCGUACCUGCUUAUGUACAGGAAAUUGGAUUCUCCAGAUCGUCAGAUGAACCAUGAAACCGAUCACAAAUGUUCACUCAGUGACUCUCAACAAUCUACUCCUUCCUGUUCCGUUGAGAUGGGAGCCAGCGGAACAAGAGAAGAAGAAGAAGAAGACAGAAAAGUUCAAUCAAAUCAAGCUAUCAAUCCAGUUGACUUGGUAGGGAGAACAGAAGUUGUCCCAGAGGAAAGACAGAAUGAUGGAAAGGUUGGUGAUAUGAUAAGACAGAUGAACAUAAAAGAUAUGAGUGGAGAGGAUAAUGUUGCUGCUACUGAUGAUAAAGACAAUUUGUUUAAUGGAGAGAAAGAACAGAAAGUAGGGGAUGAUGUUGUUGGACAAAAAGAACAGGAAGGUGAAGUGGCCAAUGUUGAGAUGCAAAUUAAUGAUGAAGGGAGCAGGGAAGAGGGAAUGACAAGAAAGUAUCAUGGUGUAAAAGGAGAACUGGAAGAAAGGGAGGAAGGUGGACAGAAUCAAAGAGAUAAGCCAAAGAAAAGGGAGGUUAUAGUUGUGGAUGUUGCUGGACAAAAUCAAAGAGAUAAGGCAAGAAAACGGGAGGACAUUGUUGUGGAUGUAGAUCAUGUCUUGGAAAAUGGAACAGAGGGUGAUGUGAUGAGUAGAAAGGAUGCGGUUGUGACGGACAGAGAUGGAGAUAAUAAUGAGAGAAAGAGGAAUAGAGAUGGUGCAGCAAAGACAAAGCCAGGUAGAAUAAUAGAUGACACUGGGGAUGAUAGAACAGCAAAAAUAAAUGGUGGUGAGUUAAAGACAAUACAGGUUGAUGUGGCAAAGUUAGGAGAGGAUUGUGAUGUGACAACGAUGAGCCAAACUAACCACAGUAAAUCUCCCAGUUCAGUUCAUAUGUUUCAGAACAGACUGACAGACAUCCCAGAGGAAACAACCACAUGUUUUUGCUUCAAGAGUAUAAGAGAGAGAGGGGAAAAGAGGAGUGAACAUGACAAAGGGAAGAAAAUGAAAUUGGAGAAGAUCAGAAAAGGUGAAAGGAAGAGUAUGUUCGGAGGGCAGAGUAGAAAAGAGAAAAAUAAGGAAAAGGCAAAUAGAAAAAAAAUUGAAAAGAGAAGAGAGGAGGAAAUAAAGAAAAGCUCAAAAGAGAGAAUAGAGAAGAAAAAGAAGAACCCUGUGGGAAAGAGAAAAGGUUACCUUUAAGUUUAAAAUUAUACUAAUAAAUAGAAUGAAAAUCAUGAGAAUGGUUCUAAAAAAUUAAGUAAUGAACUUUGAUGGUAUUCUCAAUUGAACCAAACAAGGAUUAGUGAGACAGCUGUGAUAAAUUGCUCUUCUAAUUUUGCCAGACUGACAUGGCUUGGCAUUGUGGUUGUGUAUAUAGAUUCAAACAGAGGUAUAGUGGGCACCGGUUGUGAUAACGAAAUAAUGGUAAUGGCAUUAACUUCGGAUCUGAAUAAUGUAAGGAAUCAUUUUUGUAAUUCAUACAUUUAAUAGAAUUUCAAACUGGAUUCAAAUGACCCUUUUUGUCUCCCCCUGCUUCACACUACCGGCUCAAAUUCAACCCACAUCUUAGAAACUUUCACUUUCCAUCUUUCCAUAACACAUGCUUGAUGUCACGGUUCAGUUCACCAAUUCAGUUCAUGCCAUUGAUCCUUGAACAUCUCUCAUACAGAAUCAUCAUAAUCACUGUUGCCUUGCAAAGACAUGAUUGGAACUCGAAAACAUUAUAUUUUAUUGAAGUGGUGGAUUAUUUAUUAUCACAUUCUCUCAGGCUGGCUAGAUGUUUAUAAUCCCAGAGUGCACAGACUUAGGUACACUGACCUGGGAUCUAACCCUAACCCUUUGACUAUCACCUUGGCAAUAGGUCACAAAACAGGAAAAUAUAAAAACAGAGACAGGUCAUUUCUGAUCAUGUGAUUGACUACACCUGAUACCUGCCAUAUGCAGGUGUAACUGGGAUGUCCCUGGUUGGCUCAUGUUCUCUUCCCUAAGAGUUGACCUAGUUUAACUUUCCACCCUUUGGUCCUCUCAUUUUUAAUAUGCUACAAACACACACACACACACACACACACACACACACACACACACACACACACACACACACA